AUGCACCUUGGACUGUCAGACCCAACAGCACAUAACCCGCUGUCGGAUAGCCUGGCAGUUCUUGAGACCUUCCAAGGCUGGGAGCUGCGUCGCUGCUUCGGUGCCUGGGACACCGAGCAGCUCCAGGGCUUCAGCCGUGAGCAGCUGGCGGAGCUGCUGCGGCGCUUGUGUCCCGAGCUGGACGAGGCCAAGCGGAAGAUGGUGCUCAAGCACGCCUUCACCACGCCCAAAGGGGAGAUGCGGAAGGUGAUGCCUUACGAGGAGUUCGUAGAGAAGCUUUUGCGGUUCGCAGCCGUGGGAGAGCGCCAGUGA